GACCCCUGUCUUUGGCUCUUUGCUCUUCCUAAGAAGAAAAAGGGCACGGUCAUAGAUUAUGCUCUUUGGUUUUUAGGGGAAAAAAAAAAAAAGGUAGAAACUCAAAAAACAAGGGGAUAUGGGUAGACCACCUUGUUGUGACAAAGUUGGGGUAAAGAAAGGACCAUGGACUCCUGAGGAAGAUAUCCUUUUAGUGUCUUACAUUCAAGAGCACGGUCCUGGGAAUUGGAGGGGAGUGCCUACCAAUACAGGGUUGCUCAGAUGUAGUAAGAGCUGCAGGCUUAGAUGGACUAAUUACUUGAGGCCAGGGAUCAAACGGGGGAACUUUACUGAACAUGAGGAGAAGAUGAUAAUCCACCUUCAAGCUCUUCUAGGCAACAGAUGGGCUGCUAUAGCAUCAUACCUUCCUCAGAGAACAGAUAAUGACAUUAAAAACUACUGGAAUACCCACUUGAGGAGGAAGCUCAGCAAGCUCCAAACAGGCACCUCUGAUGGUGUCUCUAGAGAUAGUUACUCGUCGUCAUCAUCAUCUACUUCACAGCAGGCAAUUUCUAGAGGCCAGUGGGAGAGAAAGCUACAAACUGAUAUCCAAAUGGCUAAGAAAGCUCUGUGUGAUGCCUUGUCCCCGGAAAAAGAAAGCCGUUUGUCUGACCUGAAACCCUCAAAUUGUUACCUUGGCUGUCCAAAACCAGGGCAUGCAUCUAGUUAUAUAUCAAGCACUGAGAACAUAGCUAAGUUGUUGAAGGGGUGGAUGAGAAAUUCUCCAAAGCCAGCAGCUCCUGCACACUCUGCUGCCACUCAGUGCUCACUCAACGUGGCUGGGGCUGAUUCUGCCUCUAGUGAAGGGACGCAAAGCAAAUCAGAGGGAUUCAGCAUUGAAUUAACUGAAACAUUUGAGUCAUUGUUUGAAUCUUUUGAUUCCUCCAAUUCUGAUUUCUCCCAAUCUAUGUCACCCGAGGCCACCCUCUUCCAAGAUGAAGACAAGAAAGUUUCUAUUCAACAAGGACAACUCUCGUUGCUUGAAAAAUGGCUUUUUGAUGAUGGUGCCAAUCAAGGGAAGGAUUACCUUAGUGAUAUAACAUUAGAUGAAACUGCUAAUUUUCUCUGAAUUGGGUUUCUUGUUUAAAGGCUUUUUGAGACUCUUUAUCUUAAUUAGUUUAUUUUUGCUAUAGGUCUUGCUUAAUUAAACUAAUGGCCUUAAAAGUUAAACCAGUGACCUUAAAGGGGAGAGCUUCCACCCUUUACUAGUGGUAGAACACUGUAAAUUUAUUGUUGCAGUAUUAUGGCAGAGUGCAGAUGUCUUCCACUAAAUAAGCUUCUGUCCUGUUCUACUUAGAAAAGAGUCUCAACGACCUUUGUUCCUUUGUAAAAUCUUGAUUUUGUAUUACUGAGACAACUAAAUGAAACUGUUAUUCGUGU